AUGGCUGUUGGGAACGAAGAACUUGAGCUACGCUGCGCGAUGCUGGAGUUCAGAGGCCCUAUAAAAGGAGGCUCUGAAGGGAGAGCCCCAUCGACACUAGUCCCGUUUAGAUACCCCGAUUCACUCGCUAAUCCUAAUGCGACCAACCACCGUCUGCACAGGGAUCACGAGUCCGGUACCUGGCUGGACUUUGGCUUUGCCUCAUGCCGCGUGCGGGUGCAGGUACCACCUCGGUACCGCCUCCACACGAGCAUCGCGCUUCAACGCGGUCUCACGGGACCUUACGCCAAUCUGGGCCAGUUCGGGGGUUAG